GUACAAGUGCGAUUGAAUUCGGGGGCAUCCCUCAGUUGAGCGUUAGCUUUGGGGAGUGUUAUUUGUUUAGUUCAGUAACUUUUCAGUUCCAUGCCUGUGAUGGCAGCAAAGCCUGGCCAUAGAAGGAGGAAACCAGCAGCCUGGGACACGACCAAGAGUGAAUACUUCCUGAAGUGGGAUGCUAUACGUGGAGAACAAAUUCAUAAAGAUGCCUUAGAGUUCUUCAUUCAAGCCAAGGACAAGUUGGACAAGCCAUUUGAUGACCCUGAAGAUAAAGAGCUGUUCAUCCAGAAUGUGUUCUCCCAGACAAGUGGAGAAGAAGUACCACUUGUCAAGAACAGUUUGGCCUCCCAGAUUGUGGAGCAACUGAUUCCAACUGUCAGUGAUGAAGCUUUGUUGCCAUUUGCUGCUGCACUCUACCAAUGCAUCACAGAACUAAGUGAAGACCAAUUUGCCAGUCAUGUUCUACAGACACUUCUCCUAAGUAUGACAUGCAGAGUACAGGCAGGGACAUCAAGCCUCCAUAGCGACCUGGAGACAUGGGUGCUAACAUCUGCCGAGCAGCUCCAGGAACGCCUCCCAGCUCUGGCUGGCCACCAGUAUGGCUCCCAUGUGCUGCGCACCUGCCUGGAGUGUCUGGCUGGCUGCCGGGCACCUCAGCAACUGACGCGCAGCCGCAGCAGCCAGCAGCAGCGCUGGAAGAGCCGUGAUGCUCAGCCCGUGCUGCUAGACAAGCAAAAGACGCCACCUAGCUUCACUGAGAAGUUCGUGGAGAUGGCGAAGGCGGUGAAAAACCUGGAGGGAUUGGGAGAGUGUCUAGCUGAUCAGAACUUCUCGACUGUUGUGCAACUGGUUCUCAACAUCCUUUACACGCUACCUAUGCUGAAACUGAGCAGAAAAUUAAUCAAGCGCCUCAGCAAGCUGUACUUCGGUGGCUCCAUCCCAGAGGACCCCACGGUGCUGCCAUCUGUGUUCGAAAACGAGAGUCUGCUGCGGGUCCUCGAGGCGGCGUUAGUGAGCUGUGAGGAAGACAUAUUUCAGAAGCUAUAUAGGAAAUAUUACCGAGGCCGGUUACGGACCCUGAUGCAGGAAAAUGUGUCGUCGAUUUCGGUCCAGCGACUGGUGGAAGCUUGCCCUGGUGCCGAAGCUCUGGAGUCGGUGCUAGAGGAGCUGGAGGCCGAUCCAGCGACCGGCUGGUGGACCACCACCCGCGUGCCCACGGCGCUGGCGCUGGCCUGUGUGCGGCUCCACAGCCACCAGGCCCGGCUGAUGAAGCUGGCGGCGCGUCUCUGUGACUGCGAGUCGGCGGAGCGGGCGCCGCAGCUGGCCCCCUGCGUCCUGUACCGCACCACCUGGACAGAGUUCCAGCGCCUUCAGGGUCGCCUGGCGUCCGUCGAGAUCGCCAUGGACGGCUCGCUGCUGCUUCAGGCCAUGCUGAAGUUCUCCAAGCCGACCAAGCUGAUCACGAGUUUCCUGAGCUUGCGCGCCGAUCAGCUAGUGGCCGUCCUCCAGUCGCCCGCCGGAAGCCACGUGAUUGACGCACUCGUGACGUCACAGCACAUGGGAGACAAGGGCAAAACACGUCUGUUGGAGAUACUGAAGGAGGAGCUGGUGCCGCUGGCCUGCUCCAAGCACGGCUCUCGCGCCCUGGAUGCCCUCUGGGGAGCCGGCAGCCCCGCCCACCGCAGCUUCAUCGCCGAGACGCUGGCGCCACAGCAGGCGCAGCUGCGCGACCACUUCUUCGGCAAGUUCGCCGUACGCAACUUCGCGCUGCCGCUGUUCGUCAAGAAGCGCGCCGACUGGACGGCGUACGUCAGGCGCGAGGCCAACAAACGCAAGAUGUUCGCCGACCUGCUUCCCGCCGCGGCCGGAGGAGGAGGAGGAGGAGGAGGGCCGGGACCACGAGCAGCAGCCGCCAGGCGCGGCGCCGCCCCCGCCAAGCGGCCCCGCGCCGCCGCCACCACUGAUGCCCUGUUCGUCAUCGACAGAUCCGGUGUGCAAGCUGUGCUCGACGACCUCGAAUAAACGGCUGGCCUGGGCGGAGCGUUUCGCGGCUGGAGGAGAAUUUUGGCGAUGCGCUACGGACGGCGGCGGCCGCUCAGAACUGCUAGCCCUUCGUUGCGCUCCGGUUGGGACAAUGUGUAAUCGACGUGCGGCGUGACGGAACGAGAACGGCAUGUGUUGAAUAUUUACGUACAAUAUAACGUGAUUCAGUCGCCCAUGAA